AUGCUGCGAGUUCAGGUAACUCGAGACGACGACGGGCAGGAGGCGGACGACUGUGCAGCCGGAAGCGCGUUGCCGUCGCCGACGAAGGAGCACGAGAACGAGACGGAGCAUGACCAGCUGACACUGCAGCAAACGGACGAAGGGUUUCUCUGGCUAUUGCUGCUCGCGGCGGUGUCCGAGUGCGUAACCACGUGUUACAUGCCGGGGUACACUCUGCACGGGCUGCAGCUAAACGCUGGUGGCACGCUGUUGAAUUGGAUUGGACCCUUCUUGGACGGGUUAUCGUAUGGUUACGAAGACAGGAUGAAAGGUGCAGAGGUGUCGCUCGUCUGUACGCAGUUCCGCUCUGCGUUCUUGGGCGUCUUCACGUCGUACUCGUUCAUGGUGGACCAUGCAGGGGAUUUGAGCAGUGGGAACUUUGCAGUCGGGCCGCUGUACAUCUGUGCGUCGAUAGGUGGAGGCUGUGGGUUUUUCUACUUCGGGAAACAGGCGGCUGCAACUGCAUGGCCACACUCUAUGCCUGCUCCGGUGACUCGAGUAUCUGGUGCGAUGCUGAACAAGUCGUCGUUGAUAACGUGCUUAGUCACCUUAGUCGGAGUGACGACAUUGCGAGCCGCGCUGGGGCCACAUGGAUUUGUUCGUGAUCCGAACGACCCGCAGUUUAUUGGAUCACGGCAUGUAGCGGACGUCGAAGAGUUGGUGCUUGGGAUCUUGAUGUCAUGCAGUGCGGUUUUGCUGUCAAAUUACGUCUGCGAGUUGUUCCCGCAACAACCCGUGCAGCUGCGCACUGCAGCAUCGCGAACCGGUGGACCGUUCAUCGAUUGGGGCUGUCUCUGCUGCAACUGUGUAGCGUCGUUUCUGGCAGGGUUCACGUACCAGGUUAGUCGAAAUUCGCCGACAGACGUGACGAACAACCUCCUUGCGCUCAAGUUCGUAAGCUCCUUUUGUGGAUCGCUGUCGGUCUUUUCAUCGACAGUGAGCAUCAUUUCGCGAUUGUGGCUAGCUGGAAAUCGACAUUCUGCGCUUUGGAACCUCUCGUUGCAGGUGCUGCUAGGAUUGAUAUGCAUUCCGUACCUUUACAAGCGCGACGCUUCGUAG